AUGGUGAUCGCGAUCACCAAGUAUUUCGACUGGCCACUGGACCAACUCGAUGUGGUGACAGCCUUUCUCUACGGAGUGAUGAAGGAGAAGGUGUACUGCGUGAUACCAGAAGGCGUCGAGAUGGAUGGCGACUUCGACUGUCUCGAGUUGGUGAAGGCGAUCUACGGUCUCAAGCAAGCUUCACGUGUGUGGAACGAGACUUUCGACGAGUUCGUAUGCUCCAUCGGUUUCGAAGUGUCGGCGUUCGACCCAUGUCUCUACAUCAAGAUUGUCGACGGUCACUGUGUGCUCGUGCUGGUCUACGUGGAUGAAGUGUUGGUCACCGGCAGCUCGCUCGAGUUGAUUGCGCAAACGAAGGCCGACCUCAAGACGCGUUUCGAGAUGACCGACAGUGGCAAGUGUACUUUUGUACUGGGCAUCGAACUGGUGGACGAAUCGGAUGGCAGCGUGACGAUGUGCCAGCGACGAUAUGUCAACGACAUCCUCAAGCGCUUCGGCAUGGAUGAGUGCAAGGCCACAGCAAGUCCGGUCGACUUGAGCACUCGGCUUGUCGCAAGCAGCGAAGCGGCCAAGAUCGACGUUCCGUUUCGUGAAGCUGUGGGAGCUUUGAUGCACUUGAAGACUGCGACGCGCCCGGACAUUGCGUAUGCUGUGGGGUACGUCUCGCGCUUCAUGGAGAAUCCGCAGCAAGAACAUUGGACGGCGGUGAAGCGCAUCUUUCGUUACUUGCAAGGGACCAAGUCGCACGGACUCCGCUUCCAGCCAAGCGACAAGAUCGACUUUCGUGGCUACUCGGACGCGGACUGGGCCGGCGACCACGCUGAUCGCAAGUCGACUUCGGGUUACACUUUCAUGCUGAUGGGUGCUUCUGUGAGUUUGGGAAGCAAGAAGCAGUCAAGUGUGUCGCUGCUGACGAGUGAAGCGGAAUACAUCGCACUGAGUCUGGCCAUCCAGGAAGGCAAGUGGGUGCAUCGCCUGCUAUGCAAGAUUUUGGCGGCCGCAAACGAACCAGGGCCGGACCUCGUCAUCCGUGAAGACAACCAGUCGUGCAUCAAGAUGACGAAGAAUCCGGUGAAUCAUGGCCGCGCCAAGCACAUUGAUAUCAAGUACCAUCACAUCCGUGAUGAGGUCAAGCGUGGUGAAGUGAAGCUCAAGUACUGUGAAACUGCGGUGAUGUUAGCGGACAUCAUGACGAAGGGACUUCAUGGACCACGCCACAAGGAGAUGACGACGGCUCUCGGGAUUCGUGAGCAUUCGGAUUGA